UUGCCCCACGUACGUCCCCACGGAGGGUCCGGGGCCCGCGAAGGGAAAGAAGAGGGAGGCUGAGCCUGCCUUUCCCGGGGGUCCCGCCCCUUUGUUCCGCGGCACCGCAGCUGGUCGUCUUGCUGCCCCAGUUUCUCUUUUGAACGUCGCCUUCCCGUUACUUUGGUGCGGCUUUAGCUUUCCAGAGCGCCGCCGGAGCCGGAGGUGUUCUCUUUAACACCGUGCGGAAACAGAGAUCCUCGAACUAUAGGUAGGAGAACUUGGCCGUGAGGGCACUCUGUGGCCCGGGAGUCGGUGACACCUGUUGUGGGAAGCCAGCGGGUACACCUGGGAUGGUGGAGACCAGAGAUCUGGCACAGCUGCGGCAGCUCAACCUGGAGCUCCUGAGGCAGCUGUGGGUUGGACAGGAUGCCGUGAGGCGGUCCGUGGCCAAGGCAGCCUCAGAGUCAAGCCUGGACUCCAGCAGCAGCUACGACUCAGAGAUGCCGUCAUCCCAAAAGACGUCUUCAGUGGCCUUGAGAGCCUCCUGCCCACAGGAUGCCCACCAAGGUGACCCGUGUGAUAGGGACGGGGCCAGCUCCGGGAUGAUCUCUCUCCCACCUGCCAAGUGCCUCCACCAGGAGUCCCCGGGCCCACUGAGGCCCCACUCGGCUCCCUCGCUGGCCACCUCAGACUCGAACGACCCAGAGCUUUCAGCGGAGCUGGACAGUCUAGACACCCAGGAGGCACAGGCCCCGAAGUCCAUCCUGGCUCAGCGGAGCAAGCCGUCCGAGCCGAGAGUGACCAACAAGGAGUCUCCAGUGCCUGAGAAGAGCUGGCGCCUUAGACCGUUCCUGGGCUACGACUGGAUUGCAGGGUCUCUGGACGGCAGCUCUCCCGUCACCAGCAAGCCCGAGGCCUUCUUCUCGAAGCUGCAGGAGUUCCGGGAAGCCAAUAAGGAGGAGUGUAUUUGCAGUGACCCCAAAUCCCAGUUCCUAGGCCUGCAGGAGAGUGGUGCUGUGGAGGGGGACCAUGAAUGUGUGUAUUGUUACCGUGUCAACCGGCGCCUGUUUCUGGUGCCUUCGGAUCCCGGCACCCCCUGCCGCCUGUGCCGGACACCACGGGGCCAGCGGGGUCCGGAGACCCUGGCAGAGCCAGCGCAGGUCAGGGUGAGUGUCCCGCUGUCUGUCCUGGACCCCCCGCACCGGUACCGCAUCCACCGGCGAAAGAGCUUCGAUGCCUCCGACACGCUGGCGCUGCCCCGGCACUGCCUGCUGGGCUGGGACAUUCUUCCUCUGAAGUCUGAGAAAAGCUCAGCCCCCAAGAGCCUGGACCUCUGGUCCAGUGUCUUUUCUGAGGCCCAACGUCGGAAGCUGUCAGCCGCCAGCCCUUCUCACCAGGGACCCAGACCAAUGGAGGCUCCACUGUGGGGGGACAUCACCAGUUGCUUCAGCCCAGAAAUGACACACAGGUCACUUCUGCUCAUGGUUCACUGGCCAGAACUAGUCACAAGGAGUUGGGACAUGGAGGGGGCUCAUGGGGUAUUGGGUGAGCGUUACUGUCCUCCACAUCCUGACUUCACCAGCUCUGUCCCCGCAAGGCAGGCCCCCUGCUCAGCAAAGGCCAUUCGCAAAAAUAACAGACACUACGAGCAGCUCUUGCCUAAAAGUCUUCCCUUGCUCCAUCUGGGGUUCCAGCCUCCAGUGCCUUCAGGAGCCAAGCGAGUAAGGUGACUGGGAGUGGGGGGGCUCAGGGCCACCUGGCAAGCACGCAUCCCCUCCAGAGGCUUUCAAGUUCAAAUGCCUCUGAUCCAAAGUAUGUGUCUGGGCAGAUUUCAGCAGCAGGUCAUGGUUUGCCCCUUGAUUCUAGCACCUGAAGAAACAAAGUCUCUUCCACAUGUAAUUUUUAAAAUUAAUUUUAAAAAAUUUAUUUUCGAUAGUAUAAAACAUAACAGAAUUUACCACUUUUAUAUGUGCGGUUCAGUGGCCCUAAGUCCGUUUACACUGCCGGGCAACCAUCACCCCCAACCAUCCCCAGAAUUUUUUUCUUCUUGCAAAACUGGAGCUCAAUACAGGUUAAACACUGACUCCCUAUUUUCCCCUCCCAGCUUCUGGCAACCACCAUUCUACUUUGUCUAUGAAUGCGGCUACUCUAGGGACCUCAUACAAGUGGAAUCAUGCAGUAUGUCUUUUGUUUCU